ACAUAACACAUACACCCUUCAUUCGAUCGGCAAAAUUUAUCUUUCGGCAGCAUACUAAAAACUGUUGUAAAUUAACGUAUCUGUACCGUGUUCUUCUGUUGGGUUAUUGGAUCUAAGUGUACAGACUGCCUAUUUUCCGGUUUUCCUCCAGACUAAUUGCCAUCAAAAAGAUCAGUCCCCGAGUCGCAUCAGUGAGCGCUGUCCAGUAACCAGCAUACCACGCCUUUGGGAACAUCUAUCGUGGCAAACGACGAGCAAUGGAGGAUUUGCAUAUAACACUCGGUGAUCUACCCCAGCAAGUAUUGGCUGCACGGCACAGCAUGAUUCUGGGCCAAAAAUUGGCUGGAGCACUUGGUGAGCCACAGCAUCACCAUCAGCAUCAUAACCACCUGAAUCACCAACUGAACCAGCUCAAUCAGUUGAGCCACUUGAAUCAGUUCCAUCAGUUAAAUCAUUUGAAUCAAUUGAGUCAGCUACACCAGCAUCUACACCAUCAGCUUAAUAUGUCUUCAGGCCUGAACUUAAAUUUGGGCCUGGGCAAUAAGAUGCAGCACCUCAGCCAUCGAAUACAAAUGGGUCUGGGUCUUGAUGUGCAUCUGGAUGUGGGAGUAAAUUUGGACAUGAUUCCGGAGGGCAGUAUUAUCAAUAGUACCAGCAGUACCAAUAGUACCAGCAGUACCAGCACGUGCAGCGAUCAGGGGCAAGGACAUGGAUCUGGGAUUGGACUUGAUGACCCAAAGCGGGCCCAAAGCCAAGUGCACUACGCCCAUGACCCUGCCCACGAUAAUGGCGAUUCACCGAAUGUCAAGAGUUGCACUGAAUUGAGCAGCCCUCAAUUAGAGAGCAAUAUGAAUGAGGGGGAUUCCCUAAUCGUUUCCAAGUCUUCAUCGACGGAGACGGACAAGGGGGAGAAGGAUAAGGAAGAGGAACUUAAGGACAAGGGGGAUGUUAAAGAUAAGGAGGAUAACGAGGACGUUUCCCAGAAACUGGAGCCGUCUGCUUCCAUGUUGUUGAAAGCAGCCAACUCCAAGCUAAAUGCCAACGCCACUGUUUAUACGAUGCCUGCUAAAGUAGAGACCCUUUAUGACGGACGACUCUUGCCCCAACCGACUCUCGAUGCAACCUCGCAAGGCACUGGGGACUUUCGCCUCAAUGCCGAUGCGCCUGUAUUCAAGCCAUCUUUGCUGGGCAUUGGCCCGUUGAUUUCGCAACCACUGCUUCCAGUGGUUUCGCUACCCCUACUUCCGGCGGUAUCGCCACACCUGCUGUCGGCCAUUCCACAUCCUCUACUGCCAACACUGCACGAGUGGUCAGCCCAAGGUUUUCAUCCAAUGCAGCGGUUCGGCACGAAGCCAAAUGCCCGCUGGCGCAAACAACCGCUUCCGGACUUGUUCAACGCCGUCAUCUCACUGGUGAGGGAACUCUCGCGAUCGGUGAGCUAUCCGGAGAUCAUAAACUCUCUAGCCCAGAGACUUCAGCGCCCGGCAGUGGAACUGAAGCGCCAUGUACCGCACACACUGCAUGCCGCCGUGAACAAUGGCUAUUUGAAGAAGGAGGGCAAUCGCUAUUCCCUGGUCUCCGAAGUGGAACAGGCUGAGAUCUGGCGGCGCAACUACGAGGCUGCCAUUCGGACCAAGGAGCUGGAGAAGGAGCCAUUGUCCUGGCGCAAGCGUUAGUGUAUGGAAACCAUAUUUGCCUGCCAGCCUUGAUACAGCACCCGCAUGUUUCAACUACAUUCACAACCUAGCAUCUACACGCCGCAUCCCGCAUCUGCAUCGACGCAUUUCGUAUCCUUCGGCUUCAUAUAUUUUAUAAUUAAGCUUGCACAGCACUCGCAGCUGUGAGCAUGUAGUCCUGUGAGUUGCACAACUCUGGGUUGUGCUGUGCCGCCGACGAGCCCUGCAAAUUGGUUUUACUGUACGUGACCUAUGUCUGCGAAACAGCGAUCCGUGUGAUCCUCGAUGCGUGGCCUCUGCUUAAAGACACGUGAUCUUCGAUCCGCGAUCGACGGCCAGAAAAAUAAGUCACGGUGACAUAUGCAUAUAUUGUAUAUAAGUCCAAUGGGGACGGUUUAGUCGAUAUGCUGCCUCCUGAGGAUAUUUCGUUGCCUGAUGCUCUCUUUAGCGUUUUUCUGGUUCAGCGCUUUAUUAUUGCAAGCUAUUCGGGUAAAUAAAAUUUUAGUUAUUCA